AUGCCAGAACAUUCCCCCAGCUCACUGCUAACAAGCCUCGAUAGUGCAGAAAAGUGCAGCACUAUUUCAUCUCCUGAGCUAGAAAUCCCAGACCUAGACCUCGAACUAUCUCAGUUUGAAAGUGAAACACCAAGUCGCUACAGAAAGGCGGAACCAAUCACAUCCACACCUACAACGCCAGACUACAACCUCAGUGCAUUCUUCGCACUCGCAGAACCCAAGCACAGUAUGCCCACAGAAACACCCCAAAUCUUUCAUGGCGAUGAACGCAAAUCAGAGAAUCCAGCAGAUUUUCUCAAAUUGUUUAAUCGAGCCAUGCAGGAGCAAGCGACAAUAGCCAGUAACAACAAAUUGGAAGCAUUCGGCGACUAUCUGGGUACAGGGUCAGAAGCGGAAGUGUGGUUUAAAGGACUCACAACGACACAAACAGCAACAUGGACGACAUUCGUCACAGUGUUCGAAAUGUGGUGGCCUCCCAUGGAGAUAGCAAAGAAGACAAAAGCAGAUCAGGAGAGAAAGCUACUAGAACACAGGUUAACAGAUGCAGACGUGGGGACCAAGACCACAUUAUACGACCGAGAAUGUUGGUCACACGAGGCAUGGGCAACAAAAGCGCAGCAGCUAGCAACGAGUGCAGGAAUAGAGGUGAGCACAGCGAUGAUAUGGCAAGUUAGAGGAGGAUUACCGAAUGUCAUCAAAGAUCUAUUGAAGGACGACGAAUACAAAAACUGGGCGGAGUUUACGAAAGAGGUGAAAGAAUUGAAGGGUAAUAGGCUCUUGGAGAAGAAGGAACAGCACAGCAAACAAGAGUGUGAAGUGAACAAGUUGCGCGCAGACAUAGCUCGAUUACAACAACGCAGUACCACGCAAAACCCCAUCUCAGCAAUCCAAAACCAGUUCUCUCGCAUGUCUAUCGCCCCACCAAAGCCUUACAAUAUGACAACGAACAACAGCACGAUCACGCGUACACCAGCGCAACAAAUGAAUCAGUUUACCCAACAGACCAUCAGUUGUCAACCAGCAACAAACCCACAGCCGCUAAUAAUAACGGAAGAGAUGAAGAAUGCAACAUGA